AGCCAGUUAUUCUUUAAAUUUCAGUUACGAACCACACAGAAUUAUGCAGCGGAUUCUGAGUUUAGAAGCUAGCCGGGGAGAUUUCACCGUUUCCGAGUCCAUCAGUAAAAGACUUUGUUGUAGUUUUCUCAUUUUGGUGGCAUUUUUUUCUCUACUAGGAGGUUAUGUCCUGGGUAAUUUCAUUUCCAGGAGAACACAACAUAUAGUGAAAUUGGAGCUGGAAGAUAUUUCUGGAAAAGUGACUGCCCUGAAUGAUAAUCUGAGAUCUGUUUUCGGCAAUAUAAGUGCAAAUCAUAAUUGUAAUCGAACAUACGUUUGUUACAGCUACAAUAUGAAUAAUAGCUAUACCUCGCAACAAAUAUUAGAUUCGCUCAUCACUUGCUUCAGUGAUAUAUAAAUUGGUGAUAUUCAAAUUUGGAUACUUUACAUUAAAGGAUAAUUCAUAGAGAAAUCACAAACAUAUCUUGUACUUAAAUAUAUUAAUUGUUCAGUCCGAAUGUUUUCGUAGUAAACUGGGAUACAAAAUUGUGAAUGAAAUCUGCUAAUAUAUUUUUUCACAAAAAAUAUUCAUAAUUUAUUUAAAGUUUUGUUUUCAUCUCUAUUUGUAUGUACAGGGUGAUUCACCUCGAAAGCCUACUAGACGUUUAUGCCUAACGAAUCUCAGUUUUGUGCUGAAAAUUGGCAUGUUAGGGUUUUCAGUCAUCUGCUUUCUUAUUUCAAAUUGCACACCACGCAUAUAAUUUGUGUCUCCGAGAUGAAUGUACA